CACUGGGGAGCUGUGUCCUGAACGUGCGUGUGAUGUUGAGGUGAACCCAUGCUGGUCCUGACUCAAGACGUGAACUUUGGGUGAAGCCGGUGUGUGGACGUUUGUGUGCGCGUGCUGCUGUCCACGAGCUGAUCGUCAUGAUGCUGGAGAGGAGCAGGGUGGAGGUGGUGGCGGAGAUCUUCUUCAGCAGGAGACUCUCGUCUGAGGAGGAGGAGGAGAGAAUUCACUGUCGCUGCUCCAGAGCCUUCGUGCAGGAUCGCGAGCUGUAUCGCUCUGAUAACAGAUUGCUCUCAUUUGAUCUGGCGGACACCAGAGUCAAAGAAGCAGAUGAUGAUGAUGAUGAAGAGGAGGAGGAAGACGAAGAAGAUGAGCAGGAGGAGGAAAAGGAGGUGUUGGAUGAGGAGGCUCAGCUGAUGGCCAGCAUGGGUCUUCCUGUGGCAUUCAUCAGCUCCUCUGACCAUAAGAGAGCAGGGAGGAGGUCCAACAGGAAGCCUGCCACAUACUGGGAAGAGUCAGCUGAAGAGGAGGAAGACGAUCUACAGGGUGACAACAAAGUUGAUGUGAAGAAAGUGUGCGAUCCACAUGAGGAAGGAACAGGAGGGACCCACGCUGGCUGGGAGACCUACUGGGCUCAGCAGGGAGAAGCUCUGCUGUGGAGCAGCUGGCUGGAGAAACACCCAGAGACUGAUCCAGGAUCAGUGACUGCUCUGUGGGAUGACCCGGACAUAAAAGUUCUCUGGGACAAACACGCUGCAGAGACCUACUACUGCUACUGGGAGCAGUACUCAUACUGGUCGGCACAGGGCUGGACCAUGGACCAAUCCGCCUGUAUUGGGAGCACUGGUGGAGAAGAAGAAGAAGCAGGAGCAGCAGGGGGGACGGGCAGAGACAUAAAGACACACCCAGAGAGGGAUGGACAGACUGAGGCUGAGAGCCAACAGAGAGAAGAAGAAGGAGGGAUGGCUCUUCCUGACGACGUCGAGGUUUUGAAUGAUCUGCUUGGACAGAAGUGCACGUUGGAGGCAGAUGGAAAAUCUGUGGGUGACUCAGAGAUGGACCGACAGCGUGUGAGCGUGGCUGAUGGAGAGAGCUGUGGCUCUGAUCAUCCUUCUGAUGGGGGGGACGAUCGCAAGAGACCUGCAGCCUCCUCACAGCAGAACACUGCUGAACAUACCGAUUCCCAGCAGGCUGCUGGCAGCCCUGACAGACGGGAUGGCUCACGGGAUAAGAUGCCAAAUAGAGAAGACGAUGACGAUGAUGACAAACCCCCAGGAGGAGGCCGAGCUAAAGUCAAACGCAGUCAUGAGCUGGAUGUGGAGGAGAGCCCACAUCUGACCCCAGAGGAAGCGUGGAGUAAGCUGGGCCUCAAACACAACCCGGAUCCUCUCUUCCACAGUGUGUUGAGCUUUAAAGGCGGAGCUAGUCAGACUCGCCAGAAGCAGCGGUGGGCUAAGAGAGCAGUCCGCAGCAUCAGCAAGCACACCAGGUUCUCAGAGAUGGGUGGAGACCACAGACUGCCACAGACCAGUACCUCCCUCUACAAGGUCAAAAAUUUCCUUGAAAAGAACCAGAAAGAGACACAGUGUGACCAGCCUGAGAUGGGAGGAGAGAACACACAGGAACCGGAGGACAGGCCUCCAGUUCUGGAAGAAGUAACGAGAGAGGAAGAGGAGAGGAGGAGGAAGAAGACGCAAAGUGUGGAGGAAGGAAAUAAAGAGGCUGUGGAAGGAGAUGGUUCUGAUUCUCUGUCCAGUUUAGAUGCAGGGAGAACUCUAAACUCUGCCACUGUGGUCAGUGAGAGAGAGGAGGAAGAGGAGGAGCAGCCCGGCAGACAGUUGGCAUGUCUAGACAUUCCUGACUUCCUCAUGUCUGACGCACCUGAAGGCAACAGUGAGUUGAGGUUAAAAAAUGGAAAGAAACCAAAGAAUAAGAAGGGGAAGCGAGGGAGGAGGCAGCCGGUCCCAGCAGAGAUGGCAGCAGAACCGGAGCUGGCUAAAUACUGGGCCCAGCGCUACAGACUGUUCUCCCGCUUCGAUGAAGGGAUCCGGCUGGACCGAGAGGGCUGGUUCUCUGUGACACCAGAGAGGAUAGCCGAGCACAUUGCCCUCAGGGUGGAGCACAGCUUCCCCGACUCCCAGCUGGUCAUAGACGCCUUCUGUGGAGUGGGAGGAAACGCCAUCCAGUUCGCCAUCACUGGAAAGAGAGUGCUGGCCAUCGAUAUCGACCCGGUGCGGUUGGACUUGGCUCGGCACAAUGCUAUGGUUUACGGCGUGGCUGACCGGAUCGACUUCCUGCAAGGGGACUUCCUUCAACUGGCGCCCCGUCUCCGUGGCGAUGUGGUCUUCUUGUCACCACCAUGGGGAGGGCCGGACUACCUAACCGCUGAGGUGUUUGACAUCAGGACCAUGAUGCAGCCUGAUGGAUUUGAGAUUUUCCGCCUGGCCAAACUGAUUUCAGACAACCUAGUCUACUUUCUGCCUCGCAACACUGACAUGGAUCAGAUUGCCUCUCUGGCUGGUCCAGGAGGGAAGGUGGAGGUGGAGCAGAACAUCCUCAACAACAAGCUGAAGACCGUGACCGCUUACUUUGGCAGCUUGAUAAAGUCAGACGGCGAGUAAUCCUGGCUUAAACAUGGACCCAUAAGGAAUUCUUCCUCAACGUUUUUCUACUUUUCAUCUUAACCCCUUUGUCAUAAUGCAGGUGUGAAAUAUUUCAGACUGAAUGUGAUGAUCACAAGUUAUUCUGUGAACACUGUGCAUGUUUGAGUUUAAGGAAUACUUCACUAUCAAAAAUGGUCAUUUAUCUAACAAUGUAUUACCUUGACUUCUUGAAGAGAACUGUCUUUUUCUCGCAUGUGUCCACAGUGAACAGAUAAUCUUAAAACGGGGAAAGUCUUGAUGAUAACACAAUUUCAGAAUAAUCCAAGUCUCUUCUUAAACAGCUCUCCCACAGUAGCAGGCCUGCACAAUGUGAGACCGUGUGUGCCCAAGUGUUUUAUAUAUUCAGGUUUUAUCCAAGACCAAGAUGCACGUAUUUAGACUUCUAUUAUAUUGAAUUACAUUUUGUGGGUGAAGUAUUUCUCAAACACAGGUUUUUCUUAGUUGUAUGUAUUCUUCAGAUUAAAUGUCUGGUGUGUGGGAUUCGGCAGCAUCUGGAGGUGAUGUAUCAGUUUGUAACUAACUGGAACUUCUACCCUGUACAGGACUACGUGGGCCCUCUGUAGAGCCAGUGUUUGCUUUUCGUCCUUUCUGGGCCGCUGUAGAAACAAGUAACAAAAACACAUGAUUUUAAUUUUCUGGUGAUUAAACACAAAAGAAAAUAUUCUUAUUAACAUUGUAUUUCAUUUUUUGCAAAUAGAUCCCCCAUAAAUGCUACACACUGGCCCUUUAAGAUAACACUUGACAUUUUUUACAAAUAACAAUUUAAUUGUAUCUUUUUUAUUGUACAU